AUGGACCGGCUGGGCCCCAGGAGAGGCAAGGGGAAGACGGACCAGGCGGUCCCCAGGAGAGGCAGGGGGGAGAUGGACCGGCUGGGCCCCAGGAGAGGCAAGGGGAAGACGGACCAGGCGGUCCCCAGGAGAGGCAGGGGGGAGAUGGACCGGCUGGGCCCCAGGAGAGGCAAGGGGAAGACGGACCAGGCGGUCCCCAGGAGAGGCAGGGGGGAGAUGGACCGGCUGGGCCCCAGGAGAGGCAAGGGGAAGACGGACCAGGCGGUCCCCAGGAGAGGCAGGGGGGAGAUGGACCGGCUGGGCCCCAGGAGAGGCAAGGGGAAGACGGACCGUCCAGCAGCGGCGCUAAGGACCUUAGCGAGGCUCUGCUCUGACAUAAAUACGAAAUCAGCAAUUCCCAGCAACGGCAUCAGACCCAAGGAAUGCGACCGCGUACCAAUAACCGGCUACCUGCUGGCUGAUGCGCGGUUCUCGCCAGCGCAAAGGUGUAGCCGAAACGCACCCCCUCUCCUGCGAACCCACGCCGCCGGAGCGCUCUUUGCAUUUCAAACGCCGGAGCACGCGACUCUAGGUCACUUGGAGAAGGCCGUGGUGCUCGAGCUCACCUUGAAGCAUGUGAAAGCGCUAACCAAUCUCAUUGAGCAGCAGCAGCAGAAAAUAAUUGCUUUGCAGAAUGGUUUGCAAGCGGGUGACCUGUCAUCAAGAAACCUUGAUUCCAGCCAGGAAAUGUUUCGAUCCGGUUUCCAGAUGUGUGCCAAGGAAAUGCUGCAAUACCUGGCAAAGCACGAGAACGGCAAGGACCUGAAGUCGUCCCAGCUGGUCAGCCAUCUGCACCGAAUGGCCUCCGAGGUGCUCCAGGGCGGAGCCGGCCGCAAGUCUGGGGACAUCCCUCCUAAAAUGGUGGACUUGAAAGAGAAACCUGUGUCCCUGAGCAAAGCGGCCGAGGGACACGGGAAAAACUGCGUGCCUGUGAUCCAGAGGACAUUUGCUCACUCCAGCGGGGAGCAGAGCGGCAGCGACACAGACACGGACAGCGGGUACGGGGGAGAGCUGGAGAAAAGUGACUCCAAAUCCGAACAGCAGUAUUUCAAAAAGGAUACCGAACUCAAGUACGCGGUCCAGGAGAGAAUAAGCUCUAUUAAGCAAGAGACUGAGGACCCGCCGGCCAAGAGGAGCAGGCUGGAGUCGCCGGAGGACGAGGGCCCUUUUGGCAGCGACGUGAUGGGCUCGUCCAGCAGCUUCCUGGGCCCCCACGCCCACCAGCCUCCCUUGUGCCUGCCUUUCUAUUUGAUCCCGCCGUCCGCAACAGCCUAUCUGCCCAUGCUGGAGAAGUGCUGGUACCCGGCGUCCGUACCCGUCCUGUACCCCAGCCUCCCAGCCUCUGCCGCAGCACUUACGGGGUUCAUGAACCCCGAUAAAAUCUCCCCGCCUCUGCUGAUGCCCCAGAGACUCCCUUCUCCCAUACCGGCCCAUUCCCCUAUCGACUCCUCGGCUCUGCUUCAAGCUUUGAAGCAGAUUCCUCCUUUGAACUUGGAAACCAAAGACUAAGCACAGUGUGACUUUCUUCUCGUGGGGUUUUUGUUUUGUUUUUUUUUUUGGUUGGGUUUUUUUUGUUUGUUUGUUUGUUUUUAGUUUCAGACUGUUUCACUUUUCUAUAUUGGCUGGACUGAGGUGUGGGGAUAAGGUUCACUGCGCGUAGGAAGCUAAAUCCCCUUUUCUCUGACUUGGCAGGUAGCUUGGAGAAGGAUGAAGGAUGCGCCCAGGUUAGCGAUUCAG